AUGAACUAUUGGAGGAAGAUCAAGAUAACACCAGUCGAACUGAACCGGGACCCGGCCGGUUUUCUUAUUUUGCCCAAAAACGCCAAACGCAACCGUUUAGCAUUCAGUAAAACACCCCCAACCCUACCAACCCUAACUCCCCCCAACUCUCCAACGGCGCAGCAUACUUUCCCUCCCUCGUUCAUCCCAUCACCCUCGAGCUGGCCGUUCAUCUCAACACCGACGAGCUCAAUCCCUCCCUUUCGUUCAGCCGCCGGACUGCUCCUGACGCUGUCACCGGUUGGAGCUUCAAAGCUCACUCGGUCCCUCACUCAGCUAACGUCUCAGACUCUCAGCAGUGGAAGCACAGUCGCCGGGCUCGCCUCCUGCCUCCGUCGAGUAGCUCUGUUCCACUGUCACCGGCGCCAUCUCUGUUCCUCCGUCGCAAGCUCUGUUCCUGCCUCCGUCGCCAGUUCUGUUCAUGCCUCCGUCACCAGCUCUGUUCUUCUAGAUCUUCAUUACCUAUACAGCUUGUGCGUUGGAGCUUACUGGUGUUAUCUUGAUCUUCCUCCAAUAGUUCAUGGUCCUGAACAACAAUAUUGCUUUCUUCUGGCACCUCCGAUGGGUGAGUUUGGUUGGCUUGGCUAACUCCUUCAUCAUUAUUCUCUAGCCUUCUAUUGCUAUUUUGAUAGCUCUCCUUAGCUCAGCCUUUAAAUUUUUGCUCACAGGAUUUUAUUCACUAUAUCUUCUAUAUCUGU